AACUUUUUCCUUAAGUUACCCAACCUGUUUCUUGUUCUGCUAGGUUAGUUUUUGUUAUUGUAUGUGAAUGGUGUAUAGACUUGACAAAUAUGAAGAGGAAACUUGAUUCACAAAAAGAGGAUGCUAAGAAGAGUAAAUCCAGUGGCCAUUGGGCGAAUGGUCUACUUACAGCCAUGGAGGAUCCAGAUAAUAUAGUGAAACAAGAUGAUAAAAUAGUGGUCAUCAAAGAUAAGUAUCCGAAAGCAGAGUUUCAUUACCUCGUCAUUCCCAAAGAGGAGAUCAGCACUUUAAAAUCAGUUGAUGCAGAUCACUUGGUCCUUCUCAGGUACAUGCACAAGGUUGGAGAGGAACUAGCUGAACAGCAUAAGCACAGAACCUUUAAGUUUGGCUAUCAUGCAGAGGCAAGCAUGUUCAGAUUACAUUUGCAUGUUAUCAGUGAUGACAUGAAUUCACCUUGCCUGAAGACCAAGAAACAUUGGAACAGCUACACUUCUGGGUUUUUCUUGGAUUCAGAAGAGGUCUGCAAUAGUUUGGAGGAGGAUGGGGUUGUCAAAAAGUUGUCUGCAGACGAGUGCAAGGCUUUCUUGAAUGAACCACUGAAAUGCCACAAAUGUGACCACAUUCCAAAGCACAUGCCCAGUUUAAAGCAACAUCUACUUAAGCAUCUUGAGGAUACUGAUAAGUAGGAAAUACAUUAACAACAGAAAGAAAACACAUUUAUUAAUCUUAUUUAGUAAUGUUCACAACUUUUAUAGAACAAAACAAAGCCAGUAAUUUAUUUAGAAAUGUAUUUAUUCAGAAAAAAUAAGUAUUUUAACUGUUUUUUUUGUGUGUUUCUCUUGCUUUUAUUGUAUUGAAACAACAUGUGGUAAAAAUAAAAUUGUAUUAUAAUUACAAUAUAGAAAAAAAAAACAAAUUCUACCUAUGUAACAUCUAAAUAGAGUAAAAACAAACAAGAAAAUAGAAUAGAUUU